UACUUUUGUGGUGUUUUGGAUUUGGAACAAUGUCCUCGAAAGGCCAACAUCUACCAGUGACGUUGUCUGUUCUACUGGAGCGAGAAUUGACAAAUGGAAAGAUAGAGAAACCUGAGAUUGUACAUGGACUAGCGAGCCAGACCAAGAAAGGGGAGGACUUUACGUUGCUUAAAACGGAUUGCCAAAGAACAAUGGGAGAUGGUGUCACCACAUUCUUAGUUUUUGGGCUCUUUGAUGGACACAAUGGAUCUGCUGCUGCUAUUUACACUAAAGAGAAUCUCCUUAAUAAUGUCCUAAAGGCUAUUCCGACGAAUCUUAAUACAGAUGAAUGGGCUGCUGCGCUGCCAAGGGCUUUGGUUGCUGGCUUUGUUAAAACAGAUAAAGAUUUCCAAGAGAAGGAAAAAAUAUCGGGAACAACUGUAACCUUGGUGAUAAUAGAAGGAUGGGUCAUAACAGUGGCAUCUGUUGGUGAUUCCCGGUGUAUAUUUGACUCAGCUGAUGGUGGAAUAUAUUACUUGUCAGCCGAUCAUAGGCUUGAAUGCAAUGAAGAGGAAAGGGAACGAAUAACUGCAAGUGGGGGUGAUAUUGGUCGGUUAAAUGCUGGUGCUGGUACAGAGAUUGGUCCUUUGAGAUGUUGGCCUGGAGGCUUGUGUCUUUCACGUUCCAUUGGCGAUAGGGAUGUUGGGGAGUUCAUUGUUCCUGUUCCAUAUGUAAAGCAAAUAAAGAUGUCUUCAGCUGGUGGUAGGAUGAUCAUCUCUAGCGAUGGUGUUUGGGAUGCUUUAUCGGCUGAAGCAGCUCUUGAUUGUUGUCGCGGAAUGCCGCCAGAUGCAGCAGCUGCACAGAUUGUGAAAGAUGCUUUGAAGGCUGAUGGUCUUCGAGAUGAUACAACCUGCAUUGUUAUUGAUAUCUUACCACCAAAGACGCCAGAUCCUCCUCCGACACCACCAAAAAAGCUAAUAAAACGCAUAAUGUCCUUAUUUCGCAAGAAACCUUCUGAAUCAUCUUCUCAUUCUGAUAAAAAAUCCAAGGAGCCAGAUGAGGUGGAGGAAUUAUUUGAGGAGGGAUCUGCUAUGCUUUCAAAAAGGUUGAAUACAAAAUAUCCAGUGUGCAACAUGUUUCAACUGUUCAUGUGUGCAAUCUGUCAGUUAGAUUUGAAACCUGGAGAGGGUAUUUCCGUUCAUGCUGAUUCUUCUAGUUCAGUGAAGUUACAUCAGUGGGAUGGUCCUUUCCUUUGCUCUUGUUGUCAGUUGAAGAAAGAAGCCAUGGAAGGGAAAAGACCAUCGGAAGAUAGAUAAAGCAGUGAAAGUGACUACCCAGGCCUCUCCGAUCACUUUGGGCUAUAACAAUUGUUUUGGAGGUGGUAAUUAAGGGGGAAGAUGGUGGAUUCUUACUACAGCGACUACCUUCAAAUUUCUUAUUGGAGGGCAUGGAGCUCUCUGUCCAUUUGCAACCGAGGAUUCAGAUGAAUCUAUACUCCCAAUCCAAAUAUCAGUGUUGAAAUGUGUUUAGAUUUUGCAGAACUACCUCAAGUCCUCAAGUGGUAAUAGAAAAGGAAAUUCUAAAUACAAAAUGAGAAAAGAUGGGCUGAAGGGUUUUAGUCUCGGCAAUGUCUACCGGCAUUGCCUCAGAGGUACUUCUUUGUAUUUUUUUUUAAACAUCUUUGUCCCCCAUUGUAUACCAAGCGUUUCAUUUCUUAGUAGUGUCAUAAUGUAUAGGGCGUUUGGUGAGUACAUAUGCACAUCUGCCAG